GGCCAGAGCAGGAGGGGAGGCACUCACAAAGGCCUUGGAGGCAGGAUGGAAAAGACAGUAAUUACAUAAGAGCACUUGGCGAGCAUCUGGCUGGAGUCAGCUGGGCCCCGCCGGCCCUCCCUCCCUGCUAACCAGGAGCAGCUAAGGAUACAGGAUAGAGAUAACUCAGCGCGGGACCCCUGCGGAGGGAAGCAGAGGUCACCAUGGACAUAACCUACCUGCGCACCUCCCUGACCUUCCUUUUUCUCCCUCUUGUGUUUGGGGCACCUGCUGAUGAACCUAACCUCACAGAACCAGGCCCUGGUGCUUGCAAGCGCUGCUGUGACUCACUGGACUCUUCCACAGAUACCCCACCAGUCCCUCCCAGCCACCACCACUUUCCCUACCCAGUGCCAGAGGUCCGUCCUUAUAUCAACAUCACCAUUCUGAAGGGAGAGAAAGGAGACCGGGGAGAGCCUGGGAUGCCAGGGAAAUGGGGCAAAGAAGGACCACGAGGUGAACGGGGUGCCCAGGGCCAGAAAGGCAGUAAAGGACAGAUGGGCACAGCUGGAGACCCCUGCAAGCAUCAGUACGCUGCAUUCUCCGUCGGUCGCAAGAAAGCUCUGCACAGCAGCGAGGGCUUCCAGGUCUUGAUCUUUGACACCGUCUUCGUCAACCUCUACAGCCACUUCGACAUGUUCAACGGCAAGUUCUACUGCUCAGUGGGCGGACUUUACUAUUUCAGCCUCAAUGUCCACACCUGGAACUUCAAGGAGACCUACAUGCACAUCAUGCACAACGAAGAGGAGGCGGUCAUCCUGUAUGCCCAACCCAGCGACCGCAGCAUCAUGCAGAGCCAGAGCCUCAUGCUGGAGCUCCAGGAAAAUGAUGAGAUCUGGGUGAGGCUCUACAAACGAGAGCGGGAGAAUGCCAUUUACAGUGAUGAUGUUGAUGUGUACAUCACCUUCAGCGGGUACUUGGUCAAGCCCAGCAUUGAAUAACUGCCUUUCCUCUUCCUUGGGACCUCUUAGGCCUUUUCCUUUUUCUUCUCUCUCUUUCUCUUUCUCUCUCCCUUUACUGCCCAUAAUCACUGCAAAUCACUUGGAAAUGGGCCUGUCAACUCUCAGGCACUGAGUAUGAAAAUUGCCACACUGGCUCCCACCUCACGCUGUCUUGUACCCAGACCUGUAUCUGUCCACUUUACAUCAUGGCAAUACCACCUCUUGCCUCUCACCUCAUAAACCCCAGCUUAGGUUAUUGGCUUCUUCUCAAUCUGCCAGCAAGCUGCCUCUGGCAUUUAGGGUUCUAGAGAAAGAGGAAAGCUAAAAUGCUGCUCGUGGGCCUGUGUCCAUCCUUGGGGCUUCAUACACAAAGGACUCCUGUGGAAAGCACUAGAAAGUCCCCACUGCCAAGGUACAUCCUGGCUCCUCUCCAUCCUACCUAGACAUACCAGUUUUGCAGCCUAAAACAAGGUCUUAAUGUCACCUCUGAUAUCUGUAGUCUAGAGAGCAGACUGGGGUCUGAUGGUCUCCUGUAGCACAAGGAAGAUAUAAGAGCACUGAGAGAGGACAUUGUCUUUCCAAAAAGGGAACUCUUGGCCUUCUAAACUGGCUUUCCAUAGACACCCUUCUGUGUCACAGAAUCCAGGCUGGCUGUGAAGCCUAGACCUGGUGGGAUUUUCCUCCUCUGUGCCAGCUCUAACUCUGCAAAGAGAUGAAGGGCAAGACACCUGGCCAGACCCUUCGUGGGCGCCUGCCCAUGAUUCAGUAGAGGCGACAAUUCUGUUCCCACUAGGGAUCACCAGUAUCACUAGGGAUCCCUAUCACAGAAUGAGAGACACAGAGAGAGAAGAUGUUGAAAACCCCCUCCCACACCUCCCCUGGGGUACUCCUCAGUCUUGGCUCAUCAUCUAUGGUAAGCUAGUCCAGAGAGCAAACCUGAAUCUGCUCUCCUUUGGCAGAGGUGCCGUUUCAUUGUCCUCUGAAGGUGGUUUUCCCACACUUGUGUUGAAGGAUCUAUUUUAGGACCUGAGCUUGAGGCUGUAGGGGAAGUUGCAGUUCCAUCAAUUCCAGACCUGGACAGGCUGCCACUUCUUUUCCUCUAUGAUGGAAGAGAGAUAGAGGUGAGACAACAACACCUUGCCCAAGGGUUAAAAUCUUCCCUGCCUUAUGCUCCAUGCCCUUUUCCGGCAAUCUCAUCAGAGUAACUGAGAAAAGCAUGUGGCUAAAACAAACCCUCACUCUUUCUGUCAGGUUGGAGAUGUCACAGUGAGAAAGGAAUGCCAGUGGUAGGGUUUUCUAGUACUAUUUAUAUUGGUCUCACACUGCUCCCACUUGCAUCCCUCUGGAAGGGAUGCAGUCCUGGGGGGAGCAGGUGAGGCUGGCUCAGCACUUUAGGAAACCUACUUCCACAUGUCAUGAUGCUCCCAUAAACAGCAGUUCCAAGACUUGUCUCUUUUUUGCGUCUCAGGGCAGGACAAGCAGGAGAAACACAGGUAUUUCUCCUCUGCUCAUCACUGAUCAUGAAAUUGUUGGACUUACCCAGGUUCUGCUGUCUCAUGAUGAGCUAUGGUUUCUGCCUUUAGCACAUGGGACUACCAGGGCUCUCCCAGAAGAAAUGUGCAUCAUUAUACAACAUUAGGUCUGGUACACACAGCCCAGGAUAGCAAAGGAACAGGGACCAAGGCUAAAUAUUAAAACUGACCUUGAAAAAAUUUCUGGGCAUUUUCUCUCUUAUCCUGUUUACUUAUUCUCCAUGCUUUUCUGGGGAAGCUGUACAGACUGUAGUGAGUUUCAGGAAAUUUGCUCCCCACCACUGUCAGUGAGGCAAUGGGUAUAAAACCCGAAGUUUCAAUAAGGCAAUAUCACAGGGAAAAGUGACAAAGGGAUCAUGGAAACUAAAGGAGACUGUGAGUUUCUUCCUCUCCCCUUAGCAGGUCAAAUGUGUGGAAUUGCUCAGAGACAGGAUUUCACAUAGCAGAGGAAGCAGAAAGCUGGAGAUAGUGUUCAGGACUGAAUCCCUUUCUCUCUUCCUCAACAGGCUGCAAACCCAGAAAGAGUCUAUGUACAGUGUAUGGUCAUGCCUCAUGCCAGCCUGAAGAGAAGCAAGCCUCUCUAACACUGAAUAUCUCCAUAAAUAAGCUUCCUUCUUUCUCCUUUCCUAUUUGGUGAUUGAAUGCUGGUGACAGGUCUCCUGUGCUACCCAUGAGCAGCCAGAGGGUGCCUGAUGCACGUGAGAGAGGAGGGAAGGGGGACCAAAGAGUGUGUUUAACAGCUUCUGGUGCUAAACAAGAUGGCAUUCCCUUGGUGCUAAAUCAGAUUUCAGGAGUAUUGGGUGCUUUCUGGAAAGUGUAGUAGGCUGAGCUGUGAUGUACUCUGGAAGUAAUGGUGCUUUAUGUAACAAAACCAAACAGACUCCAAGAACUUUUGUACAUAUAUAUAUAUUUUCUCAGUGAUAUUAAACUUUUUUCCUUGGUUGUUUUGCACUUAAAUCUGUUUUUCUCUCCCAGCCUAUUCCUUCUAGCUCUGGUUAUUGCUGAAUGUUGUGAUGGAAAAGACACUGACCUGAAAUUGACAGGUACAAAGUCUAACUCAGCUCUGAAACUUCCCUGGGUAA